AUGCAAGGUAAUCCUGUUUAUGGUAACUUAUCUGGCAAUUCAUCAUACCCUAAAAGAAGUCAGCCUGCUGCAAUGUAUGUUCUUCUGUAUUUCUUCUCAGCGUCUUUGGUGAUUCUCACUGUGUGUGGGAACCUGCUGGUUAUAAUCUCAAUUUCACAUUUCAGGCAGCUUCAUACACCAACCAACAUACUUGUUCUGUCCUUGGCUGUUGCAGAUCUUUCAAUAGGUAUAUUUGGAAUUCCCUUUGCUAUGAUUAAAACUAUUGAAAACUGCUGGUAUUUUGGUGAAAUUUUUUGUUUAGUGUACAAUUUAAUAACUUUUAUCUCAACUUCUGUUUCAAUUAGCAAUUUGGUCUUUAUAGCUGUAGAUCGCUAUGUUGCUGUUUGCGAUCCACUGCGGUACACUUCCACAAUAACUGUUUCUUUUGCUGGAUACUUCACUGCACUUGGCUGGGUCUUCUCAUUAGUUUACACUGUAAUCAUCAUUAGUAUUAAUGGCAUUGACAGCAGUGAGGGGCAGGAUGGUUGUCCACAUGACUGUUUUGUUAUUCUCAGUGAGCAUGCAAAAAUAAUAAGUAAUACUAUACAAGAUUACAAACAAGGAAAGAAAAAUAUAUCAAAAAAGUCUGAAAGAAAGGCAGCGAAAACAUUAGGUAUUGUAAUGGGAGUCUUUUUACUUUGCUGGGUGCCUUACUACCUCUGUGGCCUAAUCGAUUCAUAUUUAAAUUUUAAUGCUCCACCAAUAGUAAAAAAUAUUUUUAUUUGGCUAGCCUACUUCAAUUCUUCUGUGAAUCCAAUCAUUUAUGCUUUGUUUUAUCCCUGGUUUCAAAAAUCAGCCAAACUCAUAAUAACACUGAAGAUCUUGUCUCCUGAAUCCUCUUUAGUCAGUUUAUUUUCGCAUAGUCACUAA